AGUAUCAUGAUUACAGGUCGUGCCUCGUGCUUAUGAUUAUUAACUUGUUACUUACUUAAAACUAAAUUGCGAUGGUUAGAGUUUAUGCGUAGUUAUUAGUUAAUAGUUAUCAACAUUUAUUAGUAAUUGACUAGUAAGAGGAUUACAAGAAAAUAAAGAAGUAUAAAAAAAAGUAAAAAUGCCUAAAACAAGUUCCGCCUCUAAGGCGCCUAGAACUCAAGGGUUCAAUAGGUCAGCCCAUAGUAUGAAUCCUGAGCGUAAAACAGAAAAUCUUAAAGGUGUAGCAAAGGUGAGAACAAAAGCUACUAUACGAAGAUUGCAAAUGUAUAGAAAUUUCAAAGCUAAACGUGAUAGGAAAGGUAAAAUCAUUCACGCAGCACCAUUUCAAGGUUGGUUACCAUGUGGUGCUCAGGCUCGUGUAGAACCUAAUCGUAAAUGGUUUGAUAAUACUAGAGUCAUUGGGCAAAAUGCUUUACAAAAAUUUCAAGAAGAAUUAGGUAAAGCAGUUAAAAACCCAUAUGAUAUAAUUAUGAAACCUACUGGAUUGCCAAUUACCCUUUUAAACGAAAAAAAAAAACAUGAACGCGUACAUAUUCUUGAAACUGAAAGUUUUGAAAGUGUUUUUGGUUCCAAAAAAACCAGAAAGCGUCCUAAUUUAUAUGUAAGGGAUGAACAGCAAUUAUCAGAAACUGUGAACUCUAUCAAUGAAUCAUAUUCAGAUGACAAAGAUUUGGACUUGGAAAGAGAGGAUACAGGGGAAAGAACUGCUCCUCGCGAUUGGAUAAUGGCUGCUGGUCAAAGUAGACGGAUUUGGAAUGAACUGUAUAAAGUAAUUGACUCAUCAGAUGUUGUUAUAAUGGUUUUGGACGUAAGGGAUCCUACUGGAACACGUUGCCCUCAUAUUGAAAAUUUUUUAAAAAAAGAAAAACCUCAUAAGCAUUUAUUAUUUGUAUUAAACAAAGUUGAUCUUGUACCUGUUUGGGUUACUCAGAGAUGGGUUGCUAUUCUUAGUUCUGAAUAUCCAACUGUAGCAUUUCAUGCUUCACUAACUCAUCCUUUUGGAAAAGGUGCUGUGAUUAAUUUAAUGCGACAGUUCACUAAAUUACAUUCUGAACGUAAACAAAUUAGUGUUGGUUUCAUUGGAUAUCCUAAUGUUGGUAAGAGUUCAGUUAUUAAUGCCUUACGAUCUAAAAAAGUUUGUAAAGUAGCUCCUAUUGCUGGCGAAACUAAAGUAUGGCAGUACAUUACAUUGAUGAAAAGAAUUUUUCUCAUUGAUUGUCCAGGAGUAGUAUAUGAUGCCGCUAAUACAGAAACAGAUACGGAAAAAGUAUUAAAGGGUGUAGUAAGAGUUGAGCUUGUGCCAGAUCCUGAACAAUAUAUACCAUCAUUAAUGGACCGAGUAAAAGCUGAGCAUCUAUCUAAAACUUAUGGAAUAGAAAGUUGGGAAGAUAGUGACGAUUUUCUAUCACAGUUAGGUAUAAAAACUGGUAAAUUGUUAAAAGGCGGUGAUGCGGACUUAGCCUUAUGUGCUAGAAUGGUAUUAAAUGACUGGCAAAGAGGAAAAAUUCCUUAUUAUAAACCACCACCUGGUUUCGAAGAACCUCUUUCAGCUAAUGAUCAAGAACCAAUAACAAAGAGAGCUGACUUGGAUGUUGCUGUAGAAAAUGAUUCUGACGAUGAAACAGUUAAUACUCCUUUACCUGCCGAAGAAGAUGAAAAUGCUACUUCAACUGAUAGUGAUGAAGAAGAAGAAAGAAAGAAAGAAAAACAAGAAAAAUUGCAAGAAGCACACGAGGCUUAUAUGAGUAGUCUAACUAGCAAACAAAAACGAAGUUUAAUGUUAAGAAAUAAAAGGAAAAAGGUUGGAAGUGAUUUUUAUGAUGUUACAAAUGUUAAAAAUCGGAAUAGAGAUCGUAAAAUACCAAAAAGCAAAUAAAAUGAACUUUUGUGUAAAAUAUAUAUUUUUCAUACUUAA